UUACAGUCGACGGACCACUUGAAGGCAGCAUAUGAGCUCAACGGGAGCGGAGGAAGAGUCUAGCAGCGUGGAUAUGUCGGACCCGGCGGCGCAGGCCUUGCAACCCCGGCUUCUCCAAGCCCAGUCUGCUGGCUCAGCUGGGUCCAGUACUGCCGCGACAGGCUCCGGGUCAGGUAACAGCGACCCGGCCAGACCGGGACUCAGCCAGCAACAACGCGCAAGCCAGAAGAAAGCCCAAGUCCGAGCUUUCCCACGGGCGAAGAAGCUUGAGAAACUUGGCGUAUUCUCCGCAUGCAAGGCUGUUGACACAUGCAAGUGCAAUGGAUGGAAGAACCCAAACCCACCAUCGGCCACACGUAUGGACCUUCAACAGCAAGCAGCCAGCCUGAGCGAGCCGUGCCGCAGCUGUGGACAUGCUCUGGCUGAUCAUGUGUCCCACUUGGAGAAUGUGUCUGAGGAUGAGAUUAACAGGCUGUUGGGGAUGGUGGUGGACGUGGAGAACCUUUUUAUGUCUGUGCAUAAAGAGGAGGACACUGACACCAAACAGGUCUACUUUUACCUUUUCAAGCUGCUGAGGAAAUGCAUCCUGCAGAUGAGCCAACCAGUCGUAGAGGGAUCCCUUGGAAGUCCACCCUUUGAAAAGCCCAACAUCGAGCAGGGCGUUUUGAAUUUUGUUCAGUAUAAGUUCAGCCACCUGGCACCAAAGGAAAGGCAGACCAUGUUUGAGCUGUCAAAGAUGUUCCUCUUGUGCUUAAAUUACUGGAAGCUGGAGACACCGACGCAGUACCGGCAGCGCACCCAGAAAGACGACGGGACAGCAUACAAAGUGGACUACACCAGGUGGCUGUGCUACUGCCACGUCCCCCAGAGUAACGACAGCCUACCGCGCUAUGAAACCACUCACGUGUUCGGCCGCAGUUUGCUCAAGUCCAUCUUCACUGUGACCCGACGCCAACUGCUGGAGAAGUUCAGAGUGGAGAAAGACAAACUGCUACCGGAGAAACGGACACUCAUCCUCACACACUUUCCCAAGUUCUUGUCCAUGCUGGAGGAGGAAAUCUAUGGCGAUAAUUCACCAAUAUGGGAGGCAGACUUCACUAUGCCGGCCUCAGACGGCGCACAGCUGGGACAUCAGACAGUGAUCAGUCCUGCUGCAGUGUCCGGCUCCCCCGCUCUGCCCAAGGGUCUGAGCAGCAUCUCCUCUCUGGGCAGCAUGGACACUGGAGGUGCAGAGCCCAUCACAGGAGAGAAACGUAAACUUCCAGAGGCGUUGACCCUGGAGGACGCCAAGCGGAUUCGUGUGAUGGGAGACAUCCCUAUGGAGCUGGUCAAUGAAGUCAUGAUGACCAUCACUGACCCAGCUGCUAUGCUUGGACCAGAGACUAACCUGCUGACGCCUAACGCUGCCCGUGAUGAGACUGCCAGGCUGGAGGAGAGGCGAGGAAUCAUAGAGUUCCACGUCAUUGGAAACUCGCUUUCCCAGAAGUCCAACAAAAAGAUCCUGAUGUGGUUGGUUGGCCUGCAGAAUGUCUUCUCUCAUCAGUUACCUCGCAUGCCCAAAGAGUACAUCACACGACUGGUGUUUGACCCGAAGCACAAGACCCUUGCCCUUAUCAAAGACGGCCGCGUCAUUGGUGGCAUCUGUUUUAGGAUGUUUCCCACUCAGGGCUUCACGGAGAUCGUCUUCUGUGCCGUCACAUCCAAUGAGCAAGUUAAGGGCUAUGGUACCCACCUGAUGAACCACCUGAAGGAGUAUCACAUCAAACACAACAUCCUCUAUUUCCUCACUUACGCUGACGAGUACGCCAUUGGCUACUUCAAGAAGCAGGGCUUUUCCAAAGACAUCAAAGUGCCGAAGAGUCGAUACCUGGGAUACAUCAAAGACUACGAGGGAGCGACCCUCAUGGAGUGUGAGCUGAACCCGAGAAUCCCCUACACUGAGCUCUCUCAUAUCAUUAAAAGACAGAAGGAGAUUAUUAAGAAGCUGAUUGAGAGGAAACAGAGCCAGAUCAGGAAGGUUUACCCAGGUCUCACCUGCUUCAAAGAGGGUGUGCGACAGAUCCCAGUGGAGAGCAUUCCAGGCAUAAGAGAGACGGGCUGGAAACCAAGUAACAAGGACAAAGGGAAAGAGGUGAAGGAUCCUGACGUGUUAUACAACAUGCUGAAGAACCUCCUGGCCCAGAUAAAGACUCAUCCUGAUGCCUGGCCCUUCAUGGAACCGGUGAAAAAAUCGGAGGCUCCAGAUUACUACGAGAUCAUCCGCUUUCCCAUCGACCUGAAAACCAUGACAGAGAGACUGAAGAACAGAUACUAUGUGACCAAGAAGCUUUUCAUUGCCGACCUGCAGCGAAUCAUCACCAACUGUCGCGAGUACAACCCUCCAGACAGCGAGUACUGCAAGUGUGCCAACACCUUGGAGAAGUUCUUCUACUUCAAACUAAAAGACGGAGGCCUGAUUGAGAAAUGAACUCAGCCACAGAAUUAUUUACCCAUUUCUUCACAGACAAGGAGCGACACAGCGGCCACACCCCAAGAUGGAGCAAAUCACAAGGAGAACAUCGCUAGCUAUUGUCAUAUCUGAGUUAAUAAAAGGGUAUGUACAUGACUGACUCAUUUUACAAGGGAAUUGUUGGACUUGAGCAAAUACAACAGAGGGUUGUUUGAAAAUAUCAAAGCCAGUUGAGCAUUACAAAGUGUCCAAACGGCAUUAUCUUUCCCCAACAGUUGGUUAAUAAUCUGCAUAUACAUAUUUCAUUAAGUGUACCAAAGUUAUAGGUCCAAGUUAUAACAAUGCCACACUUUCCACCAUUAUUUAUAGUAUGAUUGACUCGGUUUUCGCACAUUCAGUGACAUUCAUUCCAAGUUUAAAACUCAUCCCUUGAGCAGAUGUAUACGUAGUGUAUAGUUUCAUUUCACAGAAAACUGGACCUCGGGACCUAAAGCCACGUUGCCUUCCGUUACUGACAGACACUUGAACAUCCCAGCCAUCUUCAUGGGUUUUAAGAUAAAUGUUCUUUUAAGGGGCGAAGACCUUAAAACACUUGGGCAGAUAGGCAGUACUUUGACUCUUGAGUAGUGUUGAAACGAUUUUUAUCAUAAAGUUGUUCACGAAAGGGCAAAUACAGAACAUUUGCUAGUUUUGGCUCCUCAAAAGUGAGGAUUUGUUGCUUUUUCCUUUUCAUUCCGGUGUAUAUUGAAUGUGUUUCGGCCAAAAAGACAAUUGUUUAUCAUUUGCAUUCUGUAUGCUAAACAAACGAUCAAUGACGAAAACAGCACAGAUUAACUUAUAAUAAAAAAUUGUUUGUUACAGUCCUACUCUAGACGCUGCUAGUGAUGGACUGGGCAUCAAAUAUUUCCAGCACUUGUGUGCUAAACAAAAUAAUUUCCCCCCGAUCGUUGCCUUCAAGAAAACACAGUUGUUUUCAUGUUGACAACAUAAUAUAUAUACUUAUUUGUACAGUAAAUAUGAUGCAUACUCUUUAUACACCAUUUUCCACUGGCAGGGUUUUAUUCCAAAUCAUUUAGGAUGAGGUCACGCAUUAGUAUAGCUUUCACCAUGCUUGCAGGUGUGAUACUGUAGUUGUUGGCAUUGAUUUGUUCUGUUGCUAGAGUCUGUAGUAAAGUCACUUCCACACACAUAUGCUAAGUAUUCUAUUUAGUGUACAGCCACAUUUUUUGUGGUGGUCGCACGUUUACUGGAUAGUUUAUGUUGAUAAAACCUAAACAUGAUUUUGGGGGGGUGGUGGUGGAGGGUAAGCUAACAAGCAGUCCUCCUAGUGGUUCUGGGCUUUUUGAAAGAAGCUAACUCUGGUUUAUUUAUAACUCCAUACACAAGCUGUAAGUGGGUGUAAAUGCAUGGCAGACAGUUUACAAUUUGAAUUCACAAAAAAACAUCCAACUUUUAGUCACUGUUGAUGCAGGUUUUUUUUACAGUGUUACACACAUUGUAAUGAACUGUUAAAAACACGUCUUUGUUCAGCGGUCAGCGUCGAACGGGGUGCUUCCUGUGACGCAUCCACUUCUGUUAUGGGAAGUUACUGUCCAGUGCUGGUUGAGCCUGCUUGUUGAAUGUUCCAUUGACUUGUGUAUGUGCGUUUGUUUGUGUGUGUGUGUGAGUGUGUGUUUAUUUUGUACUUGAAUCAUGACUAGCUUUGAAUUACUGAAGUGAUGUCAGUGUUGCAUUAUUCAGGGUUGUCAAUUGCAUACUUCUCCCUCAAUCUACCUAUGCUGCAUUUCAGAUUUUCUUAAAAAAAAAAAAGGUCAGUCUGAGUGAACGUUCCACCUGUUUGAGGAUGGCUACUGUCUCUAGUUAUGGUAUUAAUGCCAUUUACUGUAACUGUAAUACUGUUCAUGACAAUAAAGUUUUUUUUUUUAAA